AUGGGGAACUGCGGCUCCUCCUGCCGCACUCGCGAUGGUCUAUAUGAGCCUGUUCUUCAGGAGAGCGAGAGAGAGGCAGUGUCAGACCUCCUGCAAUAUCUCGAAAAUCGUUCUGAAGUGGACUUCUUCGCUGGCGAACCCCUUCGAGCUUUGAGCACCCUUGUUUAUUCGGAUAAUGUCGAUCUUCAACGAAGUGCAAGCUUAACGUUUGCAGAGAUCACGGAGAGAGACGUCCGAGAGGUGGAUCGUGAUACACUGGAACCGAUACUCUUUCUUCUCCAGAGCACAGAUAUCGAGGUCCAACGUGCAGCUAGUGCAGCUCUGGGAAAUCUUGCUGUCAAUACUGAAAAUAAGGUUGCUAUCGUUCUCCUUGGCGGGCUUGCGCCUCUAAUACGGCAAAUGAUGUCAACCAAUGUUGAAGUACAGUGCAACGCUGUUGGUUGCAUUACAAAUCUCGCUACACAUGAAGAUAAUAAAGCAAAGAUUGCAAGGUCAGGCGCAUUGGGUCCAUUGACUAGAUUGGCGAAAUCAAAAGACAUGAGAGUACAGAGAAAUGCUACGGGGGCUCUGCUCAACAUGACGCAUUCAGACGAUAACCGACAACAACUGGUCAACGCUGGAGCAAUACCCGUUCUUGUCUCACUUUUGUCUUCACAUGAUGUUGACGUCCAGUACUACUGUACCACAGCUCUUAGCAAUAUUGCGGUUGACCAAGCAAACCGAAAAAAGCUUGCGCAAACGGAACCUAAGCUUGUCUUCUCUCUUGUUCAUCUAAUGGAUUCAUCAAGCCCGAAAGUCCAAUGCCAGGCCGCAUUAGCACUUAGAAACCUAGCAUCCGACGAAAAGUAUCAAUUAGACAUAGUCCGUGCAAAGGGCCUACCACCUCUACUCCGCCUUCUUCAAUCGUCAUUUCUACCGCUCAUACUGUCUGCCGUGGCUUGCAUCCGGAAUAUUUCGAUACAUCCUCUGAACGAAUCACCAAUUAUUGAAGCCGGCUUCCUCAAACCACUGAUUGACUUGCUAGGGUCAACAGAUAACGAGGAGAUACAGUGUCAUGCUAUAUCAACUCUGCGAAACUUGGCCGCAAGCUCUGACAAGAACAAGGAGUUGGUAUUAGAGGCUGGCGCUGUGCAAAAAUGUAAACAGCUUGUUUUGGAUGUUCCACUAAGCGUUCAAUCGGAAAUGACGGCAGCUAUCGCUGUGUUGGCUUUGAGUGAUGAUCUGAAGUCACAUCUUUUGAACUUAGGCGUAUUUGAUGUUCUCAUUCCCUUGACUGCCUCGGAGAGUAUUGAGGUUCAAGGGAAUAGUGCGGCCGCGUUAGGAAACUUAUCCUCGAAAGUGGGUGAUUACUCAAUGUUCGUACAGGACUGGUUGGAGCCUGAGGGCGGUAUUCAUGGUUACCUAAAGAGGUUCCUUGCCAGUGGAGAUCCAACAUUUCAGCACAUCGCCAUUUGGACACUAUUGCAAUUGCUAGAGGCUGACGAUCCACGACUAAAGGAUCUAAUCAGUCAGUCGACGGAAAUUGUCACUAUGAUCAAAAACAUCGGUGAGAAGAACAUCGAUUCGGAUGAUGAGGGCGAAGACGGUGAAGGCGAGGUCGUGGCAUUAGCAAGGCGAUCUGCCGCCCUGCUAAACGGCAGUGGUAACUUCGGCAAAAUCCAGUAA